UGUAUAAAUAAUAACCACCACCGCAGAGACAGUCAGAAGCCAACCGUGCUCCAAGCCAAGAGAACCUAAGCAGCAGAAUCCAAGAUGCGUGCCUUUAUUGUUAUGUGCCUGAUCGCAGUCGCUUGCGCCGACAAACUGGGCUACAACUACCAGCCCGUCGGACACUCCAACUCCGGACUUUCCUUUGCUCCUGGCAGCGGCAGCAUUGGUGGUGGUAGCAUCGGCGGUGGCAGCAUCGGCGGUGGCAGCAUCGGCGGCGGCAGCAUCGGAGGUGGACUCCAAGGACUCGGAGGUGGUCUAGGAGGUGGCAGCAUCGGAGGUGGACUUGGAGGACUUGGAGGAGGAUCCCUCGGAGGAGGAUCUCUCGGAGGAGGAUCCCUCGGCGGUGGCCUCAUUGGCGACUCCGGUCUGGGCGGCCUCGGUGGUCUGUCUGGCGAUUCUCUGAACGCACCCGUCUCCUACAACGCCCCUGCCCCUACUGCCGAGCUCGAGAAGGAGUUCUUCACUUUCAGCGCCAACGAACAGGACUUCGAUGAGCCCCAGGCUUUGGAGCGCGUUGCCGGUUCAGUCAACAAGGGACUGCGCGUCGUCUUCAUCAAGGGACCCGAGAACCGUGGUCUGGAGAACGCUGCCCUGGCACUGGCCAAGCAGGCUGCCCAGCAGGAGACCGCCAUCUAUGUCCUGAACAAGCAGGCCGAUAUCGGAGAUCUGGCCAACAAGCUGAAUGCCAUCCGCAGCAACAACAACAACAAGCCCGAGGUGCACUUCGUCAAGUACCGCACUCCCGAGGACGCUGCCAACGCCCAGCGCGCCAUUCAGUCGCAGUACGAUCAGCUCGGUGGCACCUCCUCGGCUACCGAUGGUGGUGUUGCCCCAGCCCUGAACUUCGCCUCCGCUGGUCCAGUGCGUCAGGCUACUGCCCAGAGCCCCGACAACUCCUACCUGCCAUCUUCGGUCUUCCGUCGCCUGCGUUUCUAAAAAGCGCAUUCCUGAAUGGUUUCGAGCAAUCGAAACUAUUUCUGGUCUUUGUUAAAAAAUUAUUGUUGAAGCUUAUUGAUAAAUAUAAAAUAAAAU